AUGUUGUGGUUUAGAGGGGGUUGUGGUGCUGCAACCCAUGAAACUAACCCAUGGCUUCCACUUGUCACCAUCGCCGAUUCUCCGAUCUACCAUAGCUCACCACCACCUCCACCGAGGAAUUCCCGAAUCCAUGACUGAGGUUGGCAUGGAAUCCAGUUUGGCAUGCAGUUGUUUUUGUUCAGCUUGAGAACAAAAUUCCUCGGAUCACAGUUGCAGACAAGUUAUUUGCUUUCAAGGCAAUCAAGGCCUUUCCACCCCCACACACGCACACACGGUGCCUCGGGAAUGGAUCCAUGUGCUUUGAAUCUUCUUCGCUCCUCCGCAGCUCUCGUGCGCCUCUCAAUUCCUGCAACAAUUCCACAACUGGGUUGUUGGGUUUCGAUUCCAUUUUGAUCGAAUUAGGGUUUUGGAAUUCGGUUUCGCUCAGUUUUGUAGCUUGUAGGUGGGCGUUUCUGAUUUCUGGCAAAGGUGUCGGUGGAUGGAGUGGGUGGGUCCCGAAUUCGGUGGCAGUUGUUGACAGGUUGGGGGUGGAAUUAGAGUUUAGGUGUGCUGUCUGCUUGGAGUAAGGGUGAUCGUGAACGUAUUGCUCAGCAGGAGCUGUCGCAAGUGGUGGAUACAAGCUCUCUUUUUAAUUGAGCCGACAAUACAGGCUUUGCGAGAUUUUUUGAUUGGUGGUCAGUGCUUGGAUUGCUCAGCCGCAGAGAGGGUGUAGUUAGUGUUGUGUGGGUGGAGUUUGAAAGAGUGCAAGGAUUGCCCUGAAGGAGAACCUUGCGAGAAGAUUAUGUCAAGCAGAAGGGAGGCAAUGACGAAGACAUGCUGGGACCUACGAGCUCAUGUGCUAAUCUCUCUGGCGUUAGUUUUGUGUUUAAGCAGUUUCACAGCAUGUGCGGACAAAUUUAGGGUCUCAGAGGAAAGGCAGCGGCAAUUGCAGGAAGAGAAAGGCAGAGUGCAUUGUUCCAGAUCACGGAGUAGGACAGUCCGAGCUAUUGUUUCUGAGUACUUAAUGCCAUUUGUGAAGGACCAAAAGUAUACUUUGCCUAAAACCUGUCGUCUUCAUCCCGACAAUGAUGUCUACCAUGAGCAAGAGGAGAAUAUGAUUGAAUUACGACCUAUGCAGUGGCAGUGUGGGUACUGCAAAAAAAUAUUCCGGAAUCAAGGGUUCCUAGACCUGCAUUUUGAUAACCGCCACUCUGAGAAGCUUGAGCCGAGCUCAAAUAGCUGUUUAGCUGAUGCUUGUGGAGCAUUGCAUUGUGAUUAUUAUAACAGUUUAUCAUCAAAGCCACAGAUACAAGCUACAUGCAAAUUAGCUGUUGUGGAAAAAAAUCGGCAUUCAUGUGAGGUCUUGGCGAACACUUGCUUUCCAGCUGAUCACAGUCCUGCUGCUCAGAGAUUGAACCAUUUCUUCAAACGGCAAUUUUGCGAUGCACACACCUGUAAGAAGAAGUUGAAGAUUUUUCCUAGUGGAAGUGGGAUAAACAGGAACAAAUCUUUGAUCUAUGCAUUAACAUUGUUUACCGUAAUAGUGCUGGCGAUCUUCUACGCAAUCUUGUAUCUAAUAAAGCGGGACACGAACCUGUUAAGGAAGGGCCUGCGGCGAGCUUCAUUUAGACCACCCUGUAAAGUUCAGAAAGAAUGAUUGUGGGGCAGUAAUUUGGUGACUGAAGAGGUUGGUCGCUCACAUGAGCACUUGGCAGACCGAUCCUUCUCAUAGUUCCGUGCUUCUGGCCAGUUACCACACUUGGAACCACAUCCCAUCUUAGACUUUAAUUGGGAUGAACCAAUUUGUACACUAGAAGAAAUGUGGAUAUCUAACCAUGUUUGAGUGUUCAUUCCCACUGGCUAUGUCUCAUAUGAGUUAACUGCAUGUAGAUGUCCUACGUGUUAGCAGCUGCCAUGGAAAUUCAACUGUGCUUCAAGUGG